GUUAAUAUUUCCAUUAUAUUAUUAACUCAGUAACAAUUCGAAGAAAAAAUCAUUCGUUCGGAAUUUGUAUACUAUUAAGAUGUUUGGAAAAGUCCUUCUAAAUUAUUAUAGAACUUGCCAAACUUUUUGUUUCCUAUAAGCUACAAAUUGUGUGAACGAUACUCAAAAAUAUUUCAAAUUUGACGUUUCUUAACAUGUUUUAAAAAAACAUCUCUGAUAUGAAUACAGUAUUUGACAAACUACGUGAUUCCUGGUAAAUCUAACUUUAAAAUUUAAAAUUGUGUGUGCACCUUCCUAUGUGAUUCCCCAGUGAUCUGUUAAAGUGCCUUGUGAUAAUAUUAGUAUUGGAAGUGAUAAGGAAUUUAUUUGACGCAAAAUGUGUGUUGACAAACCUUCAAUUGUCGUUGACAACACCUACAUCUAGCCCUUGCUGAAAAUGGAUUUUGAUAAUAACAAUAUGGGUUACUUGGAUUUUAAUCUUGACUGGGAGUGGUCACCGAGCACGGGCUCACAACAACAGCACCAUCACCCACAUCAGCAACAACAUCAGCAUCAUCAGCAGCUGUCGGUGGUGACAACGGUGUGGGGUGGGGGGGCAGGCGUAGGGGGGGCUCAUGCCAAGGGGGCGCCAGCCACGGCUAACGGCCAAAUCAACUCCGGCUAUCGGCACACCACGCCUGGCAGCGUCCCGGUGGCGACAACCGGCGUAGUUCCUGGCGGGGGGUAUGGGGGUGUUAUGAGUGGCGCGGUGAGCGGGGGGGAGGGUCACCAUCACCACCAUCAUCCGCACACGCACCCGCAACCACACACGCAGCCGCACACGCAGCUGCAUACGCAUACGCAACAGUUGUACCAGCCGCAAGCGGGGGGCGGCGCCACCUCACUCAGCACCGCAGCUGCGGCUGCUGCCAUGGUCGCCGCAGCUGCUACCGCUACCGCAACCGCCACCGCAACCGCUAGCGUUGUUGCGCUGCAGGAGAGACAGGACCAGUUCUCACAGAUGCAGAGUCAACACAGCCAGCAGUACGGCGGGGUUGGGGGCGGCAGCUAUGGAGGCAGUGGGGGCGGAAGAGCCCACUCCAUGGGGGGUGGUCCCCCCAACGGUAUGGGGCCCAUGAAUGGGAUGAGCCCCAUGAGUGGCAUGAACUCGAUGGCCGGAAUGGGCUUGAUGGGCCAGGCCAGUGGGCCAGGACCUGGCCCCGGGGGGCCAACUGGCCCCGUGCACUCCUCCAUGAUGGCGUCCAGUAUGGGCAAGAUGGGCAUGCAGGGCCCAGGGCCAGGCCCCCAGGUGUACGGCCCUCGGAGGCUGGCGCCCUACCCGAGCCCUCAGAUGCACAUGAGCCAGAAGAGGGGUCAGCCUCAGUAUCCUAGUCCCGGGCCAAAUCCCAGUCUGCAGCCUGGAUUCCCACCCAACGCCGCUCCCCAGUACCCAAGCGGCUACCCAAGCGGAGGCGGCGGUCGUCCCGGCUUCCAAGGCCAGUACAUGCCGCAGCAGACGACGGGCUACGUGCCUGGGGGCGGCGUAGUUCCCGGGGGCGGUCGCAGCGGGGCUGGCGGAGGUGGCAUAGUGCGCCAAUCGACACCGCCCUACACCACCUCAGCCGCCUCCAACCAGUCAGCCACCUACUUCGGCCAGUUCCAGGCCGGCGGCGGCAGUCCAGCCCAGUAUGGAGGCGGCGGAGGUGGUUUUGGAGGGGAUAGGGGGGCUGGUGGAGGUGGUAGUUAUCAGCAUUCUCCAGUACCUGGGAACCCUACACCGCCCCUAACUCCGGCCAGUAGUAUGCCGCCGUAUAUCUCACCCAACGCGGAUAUCAAGCCGACGUUCAACGACUUGAAACCUCCCUUACCAAUCCAAAAAGACGACGAGCUAAGACUUACGUUUCCUGUACGAGACGGGAUCAUCCUACCACCGUUUAGAUUGGAACACAACCUGGCCGUUAGUAACCACGUGUUCCAGUUGAAACCCACCGUGCACCAGACGCUGAUGUGGAGGAGUGACCUUGAGCUGCAGCUGAAGUGCUUCCACCACGAGGACAGGCAGAUGAACACCAAUUGGCCGGCCAGUGUCCAGGUGUCGGUCAAUGCCACCCCACUCACCAUCGACCGCGGCGAGAACAAGACCUCGCACAAGCCGCUCUACCUCAAGGAGGUCUGUCAGCCCGGACGCAACACCAUUCAGAUCACUGUGUCUGCAUGUUGCUGUUCGCACCUGUUCGUGCUGCAACUAGUUCACCGACCGAGCGUGCGCAGUGUGCUCCAGGGUCUACUGCGCAAGCGCCUGUUGACGGCUGAUCACUGCAUCGCCAAGAUAAAGCGCAACUUCAGCAAUACUUCUGGGGGCGCCGGAGGGGGCCCGCCUGGGGCGCCGCCCUGUCCUAACGACCGUGACGUCAUCGAGCAGACUGCGCUCAAGGUGUCGCUGAAAUGCCCGAUCACGUUCAAGAAGAUCACCCUACCGGCGCGGGGCCACGACUGCAAGCACAUCCAGUGCUUCGACCUGGAAUCGUACCUGCAGCUGAACUGCGAGCGGGGCUCAUGGCGGUGUCCCGUCUGCAACAAGCCGGCGCAGUUGGAGGGCCUCGAGGUCGACCAGUACAUGUGGGGCAUCCUCAACACGCUCAACUCGUCCGACGUCGAUGAAGUGACCAUCGAUGCUGCCGCCAACUGGAAGCCGGCUAGGAGUAUGCAAGGCAUCAAGUCGGAAGACGACGAUAACUCCUGCGGGGCGAAACGCAUGAACAAGGCGAUGUCACCGGGAAGCAUGACUCUGCCCACCAUGAAUAACUGGGACAUGAGUCAGUCCAUGUCUCCCUACAUUCCUCCUGACAUGAACAGCAUCGCAAGCGGUUCAAUGAUGAGCAGCGGCGGAGGCAGCACGGGAGGCGGCACCGCCUACGGGGGCAGCGGGGGCGCAGGGGGCCGAGUCGGGGGCGGCGGCCAGGGGGGACCCGGGGGCGGCUACGAAGGGUUCGCGGGCACAGGGCCCCCCUCGGCAAACAGCAGCUCGGACUUCGCUCAUCUCAACGACUCGUCCUCCCUCGAUCCUCUAAACGCCAUGGAGAAGUCGCUCAACGAACAAAUGCCACACACACCCCAUACACCACACACGCCGCAUACGCCACACACGCCCGGAGGCGGCGGGGGCGGUACGGGGGGCAGUGGCCCCCCCAGUGUGCCGCCUCCCUCGACAGGGGGCGACGCAACAACCACCUCGACGCCCAACAACAGCUCCACGCAACAACAGGACAACAACGAGAUCCCAUCCGACCUCAAUUUCGACCCGGCCGCUGUCAUAGAUGGCGAGGGGCAGGGCCAGGAGGCGCUUAAUUUACUGCCAGACAACGUGGUAGAUCCGAUGGAACUACUGUCCUACCUGGAUCCGCCCGACUUGGCAACACCGCCGAGCAGUGGAGGCAGCAGCAACGGCAACCUCGGAACUCCCGGAUGUCCGGCCACCUCCAACGACGACAUCCUCGCCCUGUUCGAGUGACUUCCCCCACCCCACACCCCGCACCGUCUGUAGAUCGAGUCUGUGGUCAUGUUGCUCGCUUUCCGUUCAUUCAUAAACUGUAAACUACCAACUACUAUUAACGAGAAAGUAGUUAAUAGUGGAUUAUAAUCAACAUCUUUCUGUUUUUAAAUAGUUGAUAGUAGAUUUCAAUUAACUAAUUUUAAAGUAGUUGAAUUUUUACUACUGAACACUGCUUAUUAAUUUACUAUAUUUGAUUUGAAAGUGGAACUAAGUUCACAGACAAAUUAUUCAAAUAAUGAAACCAUAAAACAUUGGCUACGUUCUCAAACAUCUAGUUUUCUUGGCCUACAUUCACAAUUUUACAUGUAACCUACAAAUUUGAGUCAAUUAUGAUUGAACGCUAUGCAUUUCAUAAGCUGAGUUUCAUAGUGCAAUGACUAAUAAUUAAGGAUAUUGACUCUGAAUAAUUGAAAUGAAAUAGUCAAUCCACAUAUUGAACAGUAGUCUGUUCUUUAAUUUUCACUAAAUAAAUAUUUAAUGGACGACCGUGCAACCGGUCCUGAAUAUUUUAAUUUCCAAGUUUGCAAUUAUUGUUGACCAAAGUUUGGUUUUCUUCUUCCUACUACAAGAAAUUGAUAGAAACAUUUUCAUAAAAACAUACAAAAGCAAAAAUUAACUUUUUCGACGUUUUUGCUUCACAUCUCUUUUUAUAAUCCAAUAAUGGAAUGUAAACUGCCCACAAAAUCAAUGUAAAUGCUAAUAUUCACAGAAGGAGUAAACCUUUGUACUUUACAAUGGUUUGCAAACAUUUUUUAAUUUGAGAACUGUGCUAACUACAAGUUUGAGUGGUGAAUGAAGAAUUUGUUCAGUAUUUGAAUUUAGAAUUUUCAACAGGACUAGUUCUAAAAAUUAAGACCAAAAGACCAAAGUGAUGAUGGAGAGUCAUAUUUAAAAUUACUAACCAGUAAAUUGAACUGUAAAAAUUUCAAUAUUUACAGUAUAACUUACUAAUCAAUCUCAUUGCAAUAAUUGCAACGUGAUAACCGAGCAACAUCUUCAAACUUGACUACAGGCGGCUGAAAGUAUAAGAAAAUAGAUAAUUGUAAGGUAUUAGUGCUGACCUAACUGUGAUUUUCUCCUCGUAGAAGUUAAGAGGGUUUAAUUGAGUCUUUGUAUUAUAGAGUUUAAGGACAACACUGAUUUGACAUACGUGCAAUGUCAAUCAACAAUAUCAGACGUCGAAACAAAAAUAAUGGAUUUUGUAAAAAUUACAAAAAAUUCUCGUCGAAAGUUGUUCCUAGAGUAGGGACCGUUAGGUGUAUUCCGAACUGAGUAUGGAAUGUGGUGUACGAAGUGAUAGAGAGACUUGAAGAAUCUGUGUGUACAAAGUGCUCUACUGAAAGAUGUAACGUCUUGUGGUCAGGUAGUUUGGGGACUUCCAAAUUUAGGUCCAUUUUAUUCGCUACCUGACUAUCUCCCUCCUCGCAAAACGACGUGAUUUCAGUAUCGGAAAUGUUCCUUCAAAUUGCCAUCAUCAAGUCACUAAAACUGUGCGCAAUGUGAAUAAUUACUACAAAACAAUCAUCGAAGCAGUGCGUGUGCGUGUGUAAAUGCGAAAUUUGUAAAGUUUUGAAACGUUCCUUCGCAUUGACGAAAAUGUCUGCCAUGGGUGUCCCACCCUCUAUGGACUGACCAUAUUGUACAGACUAGUGUUACAGAUAUAAAUAUAUAUUUAAGAGGAUUUAUAGAACUGUAUUGAUACCCCUAUUACAUAUAUAUAUUUAAAAAUCGAAAGUUCAAUCAAAUAUGUGUUGUGAUGUUAAUAAGCGCUGUGCGCAACCUAUAGAUUUAAUGACAGAUUUGUGUAUUAUUUAUACAAAAGAGAUAUUUUGGUAUAUAUUGUCUUCUGUUGUCACUGCAAAACUUUAUCUAAGUGAGAUUGACCUUGAGGUUUCUUUUUACUUAGGAACUUGAGUCUGAUGUUUUGUUCAUCUUGCACUUGGGUUGAAGCAUUCGUCCUUUUUUCAGUUCCUUGUGAAACUUUCAUUGAGUAUGCUAAAAAUUUAUGAUUGAGGUCCCUCAUGUUUUAAAUUCUACUGUUAAUUCCGAUAUUUCAAUUAAAACAUUUCUAUUGUGAAGUCCACGUUAUAAUGGCAGUGGAAAAGGAUAGGAGAACAGCGUUGCUGAUUCUCUGCCUUGCCAGAUUAUAUUUCUACAUUGUUAAAUAACGAUCUGGUGGCUUUGCGGAGCUAGAAAAGUAUAGCGCUAUCUGCUUUGUCAAAUGAUAGACAAGGAUAGCAAGUCCAAUGUUGAUCAAAUACUGACAUUAUAACGUGGACCGCACUAUACUCAUUCGCAGACUUUCCAUGGAUACUGUGGAACUCCAUAACAGUUCUGUAGUCUAUUAGAAUUCACAAUAUCCGAUGAUUCUCUUCUAAAAUAAUUUAUUUUGAAUUUCAUCCAAGUUAUAACAUUUGCAGUUAUUUUUAUUUUAUGUUUGGUUCAUUUAUUCAUUUUCAAGGAUUGCAUUAUAUAUGUUGAAUCAAUUUUCCAAAAAAAAGUUUUAAUUAACAAGAACAACAAUUUUGUAUCUGAAUUAAAAUUAUCUGAAAGUGAACAAGUAGAAUUAUGCAAUUACUGUAUGAGAAUCUUUGGAUUCUAUUGGUGAUUUGACCCGAAUCAUUUUUUAAAAACAAAGUUUGUAAUAUUUGUAAAUUUCUAUUGUAACUAAAACGAUACAAGAGUACAUAAAACAAGUAGUUGAAAGUUUUAUAGACACUUAAAUUUUAAUAUUCAGUUACUUGUAGGGAACUGAUAGUUUCAUAUUUUAUGAAUUGUGAAAUAGUACUAAACAAUAUAAUUGAAAUGGAAUUGAAAUCUUUGCAUGAAAAUCGCUAUAAUGAUUAAUCAUGUCUCAAUAACCAAGUCUCAUUUUUACUGAUAGUUAUAUAUUUAUUUCGAUUUUAAACAGUUUAUUCCUUAUGAGCUAUUUUUCCAAGAAGUUUAUAGACUUAUAGGUUCUUUCUUUGACCAUUAAUGCAAUGUUUCACGAUGUUGGGACUUUUACUUUUCAUUUUGAAUUACCGUAUUCUGUGCUGCAAUUAUUACAAUUUUUAAAAUUAUUUUACCAUAUCGUUUUGAAAUUAAUAUUCUUUACUCAUUAUUUAUUUAUGAUGCGAAAUAUUUUGAUUUUAGAACUUUUAAUUUGUAGUAUUGAAUCUGUAUUGCAAUCAAUAGGUACAGUUUUUAAAACGAUUCUACCAUUCUUGCGUGAAACUGAUAAUGUUUUGCAAUAUGCAGUGUUUUUUCUAUUUUAUAACUUUGAAUUUUAAUUUUCAUUUAUUGUAUUUUUCAAUGAUUUCAUUUUAUGUUAUUGGGUUGCCGAAUUAUGUUCUGUUAUGAUUGGCUCAAGAUUUUAUUGUAAAAAAUCUUGGAUUAAAUUGUCUUUUACAAAUAUGAUUAUCAAAGAUAUUUUUGUAAAGCAUUUUGCUCGAUUUUAAUUGAGAAAAUUGAAUUGUUUAAAAGAAAUAAUGACGACAAUUGUACCUAAAAUUUGUUACUGUAAUGUGUAGAGUGAGCCUGGGCACAAAAAGCUGCGCAUAUGAACGAACUUGUGUAUCUAGGGUGUCUGAGAGUACUUGUAAAUAUAAUUUACUGAUAUAAGUCGGCACAUAUUAUGAUAAUGAUAAAUAAAUAUAAUUAUUAUAAAUAUAUAAAUUAAUUGCGGCCAGUUUUACUAGACAAAUAGCAUUCAAUAGUUGAAGAAUUGAUAUUAUUGAAUAGUUUAACAGUUGUUGGAACCAAAACUCUAUAUUUAAUAGUAACUACAUAAAACUGGUAGAAUGCUGUAAAAAUGAUUAUGAUGAUGAUCGAAAAUCGUAUGAUAUUAUGAAUUAUAUAAUACUUUAGUAAAUAAUAUGAAUACGAUUGAUAACUGCGAGAAAGCGUAAAAAACGUGUGAUUGAUUAUUCUAAAUUGACGAUUUUCAUUUGUAUCAGUGAAUUCACUGCUUCUUUAUUCCAUUGAAUGAUUUUUGUAGAUUGAUAGUCAUUUUACUGUAGUCUCCAUCAAUGAUUAAUAAUUACAGUACGCACAAAAACUGCAUCACAUCAAUGAUUCAAGAAAAGUUUAAAUAUUCAUUAAAAACUUAAUAUUAAAAUAGGAUUUGUUCUCUAUAUUUUUUGCCUCGUUAUUGAGGUACACGUUGAAUCAUUGAUGUUUCUUUCGAAAAAAAAUCUUUGCUCAAAUAAUAUUGUAACCGAUGUACUGUAUUAUUUAAAAAGUGAUAAGGACAACCAACAUUGAAGACCAACCUAUAAUAUUUUUUUCUAAUCAUUUGAUAUUCGAAUAUAAUCAAACUGAAAUUGUAUAAUGAUACUUCUACAUGUUUUUGAUAGUGAUGAAUCUAAUCGCUAUUUCAUUGACAGAUAACAUGUAAUAAGGGAGCAAAAUUAUGAAAAUCCACCGAAAUAAAAAUGAAGAAUCCGCAUUCAGGAUUUGAUAGAUUCUCCAAUUUGUCAUUAUUAUGUAUGAGUUUUCGUGCGUUCUGUAAAAUGAAUAAGCAUUUCAAACUGUAUUGGAAACUGGUUAAAAUAAAUUUGAAAAUCUAUUAUCCAAUGGGAUAAUGCUCACUUGUAUUGAUUUGUUCCGCUGUUAAUGAGAACUCAGAUAAAUUUUAACACAACAUUUCAUUUGCAAAUUUUUCAAGAAAGAAAUUAAUUGAAUUGCCGAAUGACAAGAUAUAUUGUGGUAUUGAAGCUAUAGGUAGUUUCCUUUUAGCUCAAACCCAAGAGAUGAUGUGAAAAUAGUUGAACCCAUAAUAGCUCUUAAGGUUAGUAUAAAGGUCACUAACCUAACCUUGAGAUCAUAGGACCAGUAUAUUAUUUUACUGUAACGGUACGGAAUAGAUUAUUAUCCAGAUAUGAUUUAUUAUAGCUUACUAGAUGCAAUACCUAAAUACACUUAUAUUUCUCUUGAAGACUUCAGAUGACAGGUUAAUUAUUUCUUAUAAAGUUAUUCAUUUAUUUCAAUUUAUCUUUAUAUUAUGCUACAUUUCUCAGGAGUUGUUCACUCUCAAAAAUACUACCUAGAUUAUUACAGUAUUUGAGUUGUCAUAAAAAUGAUGAUGUGUUUGAAGUUUUUUUCAAUUUAAAUGAAUAAGGGUGGUUGUAUCACACCGUAUGGUUUAUCCUAUUUGUUUUAAUCUUAUGAUUGCAGUUCAAUUAUUAUUCCAGUUAUACCUGAUUCAUGCAGUUUUCUUUUUCGAUUUUUGGAUACACAGUAUUAUUAUUAUUUCAUAAAAAUAUGAAUGAAUAAAUCAAAUUUGAAUAUCA